CCUAGUGGACUUCUUUCAGGAAGCGUCACAACCCAUUUGCGCGCCACUCGCGGAGGUAGAUCGAACGUGCAGUUAGCAACUUGGUGCAUGUUCCCACUGACGGGUGAAUUCAAUACGGGGCGAAAUUACUUAAGGCAGUGUUUCGCUUCGUUUUGUUCCCCUCCCCCUUCUCCCACUGCCAUGUACAUGGCAAGACGAAAAGUAACUCGUCCGUUAUAUGUGGUCCAAAUGAGGAACAGCUCCGCUUAUCCGGCUGAAGAGCCAUUUAGUUUAUUUAUUUCCACUUGAAUAUCUCUCUGGGGUAAUUCCCCUUUGAUUCCUUCCUCACCGUUUCGCUUCCCCAAGGAGGGGAGCUUCACAUUUCCCCUCUACGUAGACCGCUGUGCAGUGGUUAGGCACACGUGCUGUUGGACGCGCCUAUUUGGUAACGUUUCUCCGCGGGCCACAUUAAGGAAAACCCGACUGAUCACCCGAUUUGCCAUUCGCUCCGUCGGGUAUGCCUUUCCCCGUCAGGCUUGGCUUCUCCUCAUUUUCCUUUUUUUUUUUUUUUUGGCCCACUUCUCCUGCCCGUGGUUUCCUUUUCGAAGGGGACCAAAAUUGCUGCGGCGCUUCAACGCUACAGUCCACGGGCGGGGAAAUUUUCCCCCACGAAAAAAAAUAAAAUAAAAUAAAUUUGUCAAGUAUAAGAAGUGGGAACAUUUGCAAAACGCAAAGGAGCAAUUUUACUCCUUUGGGGGCACGCCAUUUUUAAGGUGUCACAUAAAAAAAAUAAACCAGUAAACCUUAUGUUCUUACAUUUUUACAUUUCCCAUGUGCGCAAAUUGCCAAACCGCACAGCAGCUUCUGCCCCUUGCAAUAAUUGGGCGCGCCUUCCCCCCCGCUGAGCGACAGGAGGCAAUUUAAUUUGUACGACGUCGAGCGGUUUCUUCGCAAAAUUAAUAAAAUUCCCCUCAUCAUUUUUUCACUCAGAUUAUUUUUUUCAUUCUCCACCGCGUUGUUUGUGCGUACCGUAUUGUAUCGCUUUUUUUUUUUUUUGUUUUCCCCUUUUGCGAACAACGGCCGGUUUGGAAGCAACUCGAGCUCUGAGCCAUCCUCCGAAGUGAACGCAUCCUUUUUGCUGCUUAACGUGAGCGUCGAUUCGUUUUUGAACGCAUUUACAUGUUCAUCCGCGCGAGUUGGAAAAGCUCGAAUUGUGGCAUCUCUUUUGAGUGAAACGGUGGGCCAUUUCUGCGGGUACAAUUCUGCAAGCUUCCCGUGGAUUAGCAUACCUAUCAUACCCUCCAGGUGUUUUCUUUCUUGUUGGCCAAAUAAGCAAAACAACAGGGGCGCAUCCGUAUGCAUAGGUGAGCGGUCCCCCAAAAGGUAAUUCUCCAGGAGUUAUUUCCCCCCACACGUGAGAGGCCAAAUGACCAAACGGAUGCCAAACAAGGCUAACCCCUCAUCGAGGGAGAGCAAAAAUGAAAAAAAACAAACCGAAAAGAAAAACGACGAAGUGGACCAUGGGGAAAACGGCAAACCAAAGGAACAACCAGAUAGCGGAAGCACAAGAAACAUCUUAACCAUGGAAAACAUUUUGGAGGAAAAAGAUAAAGACAACAAUAAAAAGGUGAAGAACAAAUUAAUUUUAAAAAAUAAAAAAAACACAAGUAGCACGUUUAACAGUAACGAAAUGAGAAUACUAACCAUCCCGAAGCAUCGCAUAUCGUCUGUAAAAACCAACUGGAUGGAAUUAAUAAAACCAAUUGUAACUCACUUAAAGUUAGAAAUACGAAUGAAUGGAGACAAGAUAGAAGUGAGGACAUGUAAACUGACGGAAGAUAAAAAUAAUUUGCAAAAAUCGUCCGACUAUAUAAAGGCGUACCUACUCGGAUUUACCAUCGAAGAUUCGUUAGCCCUAUUGAGGAUAGACGAUUUGUAUGUGGAGAGCUUUCAAGUGAAGGAUGUUAAGAUAUUGAAAGGGGACCACCUCUCGAGAUGCAUUGGAAGAAUAUGUGGUAGUAACGGGGCAACCAAAUAUGCCAUAGAAAAUGCCACCAAAACGAGGAUUGUCAUAGCAGGAGAUAAGAUUCACAUUUUGGGGAGCUUCAACAACAUUAAGAUGGCUAGAUAUUCCAUCUGCAGUUUAAUUCUCGGCUCAACGCAAGGCAAAAUUUUUAACAAACUGAAUAUCCUCGCGAAGAGGAUGAAGGAGAGGUUUUAGGAGACGGGUCUGUGCGCCGUUCCUUCGGGGGGACGCGGCGCUACACUGUGGAUUGCUCCUCCAGCGGGGGGUAAAUGCGCAGGGGCGAUGUCCUUAAGUGGAUAUCAUAGCGUGGAUAUCCUAGGAUGGAUGCCCAUGUGGAAGGAAGCUUCAUCUAUCACAUCGAUUCGAUGUGACCAUGCGGGUGAGACAGCACUGGCAACCCCUGCGCACUUACAAGCGGAAUAUUUUGGACAAAUGUGGAGUGUUCCUUUUAUGAGGAGUGGACCCCCCGUGGAGUCUGCGCGACGUCAUUAUGGAGGAUUUUUUUUUCUUAGUUCUCCUUUUUUUCUUGGCUUUCUUUUUUUUCUUGUUUUUUAAAAAUUUUAAACCAUAUGCAAAACGCAAUUAAACCCAUUUGACCGUUU